AGAUUACGGUUCAUACCCUUUGUUCUCAGAGAAAACAAAAAAAAAAAUGUCCUGUGAAGACAAAAUCAGUGCGUUGCAUGACGAUUUGCUGCUGAAGAUAUUGUCUCAAGUCCCAACAAAGGAUGCAGUGACGACCAUGAUUUUGUCCAAACGAUGGGGUUUGGUCUGGACGAUGGUGACUAAACUCGAGUAUAAGGAUACAUGGAAAGAAGGGGAUAAGAGCAUUUGGCGCUUACUCGAAAAGUCUUUGCAACUCCACAAAGCACCUGUACUAGAAAGCUUGAAUAUCCAAGUUGAAUGUCAGUUUUGCGACGAUGCAGAUGUAGGAAAGUGCGUCUCAUACGCUGUUGACCACAAAGUUCGAGAGCUAGCUCUUAUCUUACCAUCUCAACCAAAGAUCCUACAGCUACCAUCGAACGUUUACACCUCAAAAACGCUAGUGAAACUGACUCUAUCAUGUAGGACUCUCGUAGUGGAUGUUCCUUCCCUACCUUGCCUUCCUUCGCUUCAGAGGCUGGCCCUUCUCAGUGUGGUGUAUAAAGAUGAAAAGUCUCAUGUCAGACUUCUAUCGAAUUGCCCUGCCCUCACACAUUUGGAAGUGUUCCGAAACUUGAGUGACAAUGUGACAAGGUUCAUUGUGAAAGUUUCUUCUCUAAAAAGUUUUAGAUACACGCAACACAAAAGAGCUCCUUCUAGGUCCUUGGUUUUAGACUCCCCUGGAUUACGACGCCUUACUUUAAGUGAUCCGCAUGGAGACUUAGACUCGAUCCAGAAUAUGCCUCACCUUGACUGGGCUUAUGUUUGUCACUUUGUUCCAAACCCGAAAGACAAGAAGUUUCUGACAUCUUUUUCCUCUGUCAAGGUUCUCCGUUUGAGUCUAAGAAACGUAAGCAUUUGAAUAUCCUUUUUCAGUUAUUCUUGAGAUUAAUUUAAAAAAAAAACUGAUAAUUUUUAGAGCAUGUACGUGACUUAUGUAUAAUACUAUAAUAGAUCUUUAAAAUUUGGGGUUCAGUGCAAAU